GAUGAGGGUUUAGUCAAAAAAAGCAGAAAUCAUCACGUGAAGGGGUUGAAGGUAUUAGCUGAUUAGUUUCUAGGGUCUUUUGUAGGUGUUCUUUCAAAAAUGUGUCCUGGAUACUUUUUGGGAUUUCUAGUUGCCCUGUUAUCUGCUUAUGUGAGUUGUUUGGGGAGUUAUGAAGGAAACAUGCCAACCACUAAUGUGCACAGUGUUUCAGCACAUACUUUCCCAGAAAUUGGUCCUGAGGUGAAACGAGUUGGAAAUUGGAUUGGCUCUGCUACCUACAGCUCUGUUCUACCCGACCAAGAAACUCAUAGACUUCAUGCUAGUUUUCAGAAAGAGAGACCGUUUGAGGGAUCUGAUACAAAAUAUGAUUCAAAGGAUUGUCAAACUCGUGCUGAAAGUGACAAUCAAGACAACAUUAUGAAUCCUUUGUUAGGUUUUGGUAAACCUUCUUCUCAGUAUGCGUCUCGUUCAGCUACUGAUGUCUUCAAGAAUGUCCAGCCUGUUAGUCAGAUGGCUUAUACUUCAUCUCAGGGAGGAUCCACUUUUAGAGGAACCCCACAAGUUCUUGGUUCAAAAAGCUUUAAUCCGACUAAAGUUGGGUCUGGCUAUGAAAUGCCUAAAUUUUCAACUGUUGGAUCUAGCAAGAUCUUUGCAGUGCAAGCUCCAAAACAUGCAUAUGACCAUAUGACAUUUAAGCCUCAGGAUACUGAAGAUGCCCAAUCUACUUAUGUUUCAAGUCAGAUGUUACAUCAACAUGGAUAUUCUCAAGAAAGCCGGAGCAGUGGGAACAUCCAGACAUCCAGUAGCACAUAUGGUCCAAUCUUAAUGGGAGCUCCUGUGCAUUCAGGUGGGCCUAAAUAUACGAACACUAAGCCUUCGAUUGUUAGCUCUGGGCCAAUUUUUGUAUAUCAGAGUGGUGAAAGUACCCAAGGUCAAGGGAGCUACAGUACGCAUCAAAGUUCUGUGAAACCCAGCAAUGUUGACUCCAAUCAAUAUGUGACCUCUCAAUCCACUCAGACCUCCAAUGCUGCCCUGAAUGUUGACAGUCAACCUAAUAAGUUACUGAAUGUACCGGUUUACUAUUCCACGAGGGGUGGUCAAUCUGGGGCUGGGCUGAAGCCCCCAAAACAGUCUGGAAACUGUAGAGACAAUUUUGGUCAAGAUUCAAUCGUGAGUUCUGGUGAGAUUCGUUUAAGGGACCCGGAAGGUGCUGAAAGAAGCAAUUCACUUCCUCACGUUCAGUCUCGUGAAGAUGUUUGGCAACCCAGAAAACCUCAGACCUACCAUAUUGGUGGCCCACCCCAGACUGGAUCUCCUCUCUAUUCUGUGAGUGGAAGUAAACCCAAUCAAAUAUUUAGGCAAAUGCACCCCACCCGAAGUGGGGUUCAGCUUAAUGUGGCACAAUCCUCUAUUGCCAGUUCUGGGGAGAUUGGUAUGAUGCAUGCAAAUGUUCAAAGUAGAACACAAUCCAAUAAUCCGCAAAUUGCUUCAAAACCACAUCCUAUCUUUCCAGAGCGUAAGGUUACAUUUCCACCUGGUCAGUCAGCACUACAACACCAGCUUUAUGAAGCUAGACAAAAUACCAGGAAUGUCCAGCCAGCUACUGGCACUUAUGCCAGCCCACCCCAGGGUGCUUAUCAGGUCUUAUCAUCUUUAAAGGGAACACCAUACAAACCAGGAACGGUACCCUCAAAACCUUGGGUCGCAUCAAGAGUUAGUGCCCCUAAACCCUCCAUUUCUGACUCUAAUGAGAUCAAUGCAGUACGUGUGAGACAUAAUAAAUUGCCCAUAAGCAGCUUUGGUAACUUACAGAACCAAUGGGCUUCUGGAGAAGGUGUUGGUGGUUCAUCUGCUUACAGCGGUGCUCUCCAAAGUGUAUCACCUUCAAGUUACCUGGGUCAGAGGCGAGGGCAAAAUGUACAGGCACCUGUUCUGUCUUCAGUACCUCAGUAUCAAAGUUCCAAAGGAGUCCAAAUCCAAUCGUCUGCAAUCCAAAAUUUAGGUUCCACUACACAUGACACCACAAUUCCAAAUGAGUUUGGCAAAGGUGUCAUCCGAAGGAUUUCUCCUACAAUUUUCAGCAGCUAUAAACCAGCUCCACAAAAUCAAGAUCAGAGAGCGUAUACCUCUACCUCCGGAUGUGAAGUGACCCAAAAUCACCCCUCGGGUCUCGGUCAACAGGGCCCAGUCAAGUUUCAGGGAGUGAAACCCUUUUCAUCUAGGAGCAGUUCCCAGCGUUUGCAGUAAACUAUGAUCAGGUUUGUGUCUGGGGAGGCUGUCGGUCAUCAAACUCUGGUCUCUGCGAGGACUCUGGGAGGAUAUGACUGAUCCGAGCGCUGCUGUUCUGCAAUCAUUGAAAUUGAGGACACCAAGAACUGUCCUGGCGAUUUAUGUUUGUACCCUUUAAUGCUCCAUCCUCUUGCCAAGACUGUAUAUUUGAUGUUAAUAAAAACAUAACAUGCUAAUGCCAA